UUUAUUUUCCGACCUCGGCAAGUUAGUGAUUCAAACGUAAGUGAUGGCUCCGAAGAAAGAACCAGAACCUGUGGCCUCACCUCCGCCUCCUCCUAAAACCAUGCCCAAAUACAUGAAAUUCGUUUUCGGUGGCACGGCCGGUAUGAUGGCAACUUGUGUAGUCCAACCAUUAGAUUUGAUCAAGAACAGAAUGCAAUUGAGUGGUGUGGGUACAGCUAAAGAAAGGGUGACUAGUUUCACCUGUGCCAAAAAUAUUAUCAAGAAUGAAGGUUUUACAGGGCUCUAUGCAGGCCUAUCAGCUGGCCUCUUGAGGCAGGCAACCUAUACCACAGGGAGACUGGGGGUAUAUCAAUACCUCUUCGAAAUGUUCUCCAAGGAUAAUAAAUCUCCAAACUUCUUCAUGAAAGCGGCCCUCGGUAUGGCCGCAGGGGCUGUCGGGUCUUUCAUUGGAACGCCGGCCGAGGUGUCUCUAAUUAGGAUGACCUCGGAUGGAAGAUUGCCCCCAGCUGAGAGAAGGGGUUACAAGAAUGUCUUCGAUGCUCUCUAUAGAAUUACUAAGGAGGAGGGCGUUCUAACUCUCUGGAGAGGCUGUGGACCAACUGUAGUUAGGGCGAUGGUCGUGAAUGCAGCCCAGCUUGCUUCAUACUCACAGGCUAAGCAGAUUGUUUUGUCUACUGGAUACUUCGAGGAGAACAUAACCCUCCAUUUUGUGGCCAGUAUGAUCAGUGGCCUGGUUACUACUGCUGCUUCUAUGCCUGUGGACAUUGCUAAAACUAGAAUUCAGAGCAUGAAAGUGAUUGAUGGAAAGCCAGAGUAUAGUGGAGCCUUGGACGUGUUAGUGAGGGUGAUUAAAAAUGAGGGCUUCUUCAGCCUGUGGAAAGGGUUCACCCCCUACUACGCCAGGCUCGGACCACAUACGGUCCUUACUUUCAUCAUUCUGGAACAGAUGAACUCCUAUUAUAAGAUCUAUGUCCUGGGAGAUCAUAGCAAGGGUAGCUCUCUUUAAAAGAAAGGAAGACGACUGAUGACUAUGACGAUGAUGGUGAUGAUGUUUUAUAAUAAUAAUAAGAAUAAUGAUGAUGAUGAUGAUGAUGAUAAUGAUGAUGAUAAUAAUAAUGAUGAUGAUGAUGACGAAAAUGAUGAUGAAAGGUUUUUUUUCUGGAUAGAUUUGACAGCUUAAGGCGAUAAUUGUUAUUAAUUUUGAUAUAAUAUAAGAGGAAAUGACUAAUCAUCAUCUUGUUAUGUCUCAUUAUCAUUGUCCAUGCUUAUGUUGUUGAUACAUAAUCACAUCUUCACACGUACACACACGCACACAUACACACUCACACACACACACACACACACACACACACAUAUAUAUAUAUAUAU